AGGACGCCAUAAAUCCAUUUGUUUCAUGUCUAAAAGUUUUUACUGGAAGAGCAGGAAAGGGGGAGUGCUGCAUGAGAGGACAGAGAGAGAAAGAGGGAACUGGGCUGGGUGAAAAAAAAACUACACAGGCUGUGGGACUCAAUGCGACUAUAAAACCGCUUUCUUGGCCAUUGUGUUGAUGUAGUCAAGAAAUAUACCGUAACGUAGCCUACCUACAGAGAGACUGAGAUGGAGGAGUGAGGCGGUACCGGUCUGUGGCUGCUAAGAAACAUUUGUCUUGCGGUUUGAGCAAACUUUGCGAGGAUAUUUAUUUGUGGCGGGGUCUGCCGAUGACAAUCCUCUGAAACUUUAACUCUCGUGUUUGAGACGCUGGAGUGCACAUAAACAAGACUUUUAUUAUUUUAAUGCCUCAGUUCAGAAAUUAGUCUUGCGAGUCUUAUAUAUGUUCUUUAGUCACAGUUGCACUUGCAAGAUAAGUAGGUCAAUAUUAGAAGUUUUUUUUUUUUUUUUUUUUUUUUUUUUUGCUGAGUAGGUUCUCCGUAUAGUUGACGCGGCUGAAAUGGGAGCGCGUGACGGGCGCUCGGUGUCUCCGGUUCACCGGAGCUCUUUCCUCUUGUGGACGCUGCUGCUGAUACUGUGGCUGACAUGCGUCCAGGGAACGUGGGGACCCGGAGUUUACAAAUACCAGACCGGGACAGCACUCCACAAAGAUCUGUCGAAAAGAAACUGGUGUCCUCAGACGGUGACAAAGACUGUGACUUGUCAGGUACAGAAUGGCACCACACUUCAGAGAGUCUACCAGACUUGCAGGUGGCCUCAGGGUUGCAAUGGGGGAAGCUAUCGCACUGUGGUCCGGCCAUCCUAUAAAGUUGUAUACCGCACCAUCACCUCUCUGGAGUGGAAAUGUUGUCCUGGAUACAGUGGAUCUCAGUGUGAGGAAGGAUCAUCAAGUAACCUGGUCGCCCAGGAGGCUGUAAGGAAACAGCCUACAUUUCUGAAACAUGCUGCUAAAACAGGAGAACAGAUCUCAAACUGUCUGAAUUGCAGUCGUAUCACUGCCCUCACAGAUCGUGUGAGCUCUCUGGAGGCCAAGGUUCAGCUUCUUACAGCCCCUGCCUCCACCUCUCAUCGUCAAACGCAAUUAAAAAAUGAACAUGAUUCCUCCUCCCUGAUGGGGGCGCCACCUGCUAAAGGUGCUCCUGGGGCUCAGGGUCCUGCAGGUCCACAGGGCGAGAAAGGCCAGGAUGGCUUACCUGGUAAAGACGGUAAACAAGGGUAUCGAGGUCUCCCAGGACCCAAAGGAGAGGCGGGCACCAGAGGUCCAUCUGGGGCUCCAGGGUCUAAAGGAAUAGCUGGUCCUAUAGGUCCACAGGGACCACCAGGCCUCCCAGGAGAGAGGGGCCUCCCUGGGCCACCCGGCCCUCCCGGGCCCCCUGGCCCACCACUUGAACAAGAUGCUGGCCUGAAAAAAGAUAGUCUUCUACAUAACAACUUCCCUGACCUCCGAGUGACCCCUCCACAUGGUCCACCUGGACCCACCGGUCCUCCUGGGCCAAUAGGACCCUCUGGACCACCAGGCCCAAUGGGACAAACUGGAAAGUCGGGAGCUCCUGGUUUGCAAGGCCCGGUGGGUCCGAAGGGCGAACGAGGCGAAAGAGGACCUCUUGGAUAUCCAGGAGAGAGAGGGUUUAAAGGAGAGCCGGGAGAGCAAGGCCUUAAAGGAGAGCCAGGGGAGAAAGGUCUUCCGGACUUUAAUUUGAAGAAGUUCCAAGACUUGCAGGCUGACUUAGAGCUGCUGGCUCGCAGGGUGCAGCUGCUGGAGGCGAUCAUCUGGCCAGAACCAGAUCUAGGGUCAGGAGAUGGCUUCUUUGGCACACCAUCUCCCGAUGUCUACCGGAUUAAGAGGGCAAGAAUGUCAUCUUUGCGGGUCAACUCUCCCUUAAUCACUGCUGAGACCAAGGUUCGAGGGAAGUAGUCUGCAUAUUCCAAAGAAUGAAGCCAUCCUUUCCAUAUCAAUUCCGAUAUCUGUAAAUCAGCUGAGCUGGCAACAACUACACAAGUCCUAAACAUAUCACAGAUCCAACCGCCUUGGAGUAUUCCAGUUAAUCCAGAAGGGGGGAGACACCUCAGGGAAGACCAUAUGGUGCUGUAUAAAUUAACCACCUCUAAUGGGACUCCACAGGUUCCAAGCACCUCUCCUCUGGCAAAUAAUUGUGGUUUGCCAUCAUGUUGUGUCACUCUUAUGACAUAAUGAACACAAGCAGUCUCAGAAGGAAUUUAUCAACCUAUUGUUUGAUACUCGAUUCACAUGAAAAAAAGGAAACAUGUUUUAGAAUACGAUAUAGAGGAACGGUAUUGGUGCUUGUACAAAACGGCAUAAAUGAUGGAGAUGAAGAACGGAGAGCAUCAAACCAUAUUAUUAUUCUUUCCAGCUGCUGUUAGGAGCUCAUAGUGACUUCAAGGGAUCGUUCACUUUGAAAUUAAAUCUUGAUAUGUUUUAGCUUACAUCAAGGGCAUCAUGGUCUUUGUUUCCACAGCAU